UUACUUCCAAAAAGCUAUAUUUUUUAAGCAGAAAUCUUGUCCAGGUUUUGAAGGCUUUUUGUCUGAACUUGUUGGGGGUAGUUUCAGUUUGGAGCAAAAGAAAAGGUUUAUAACAUGGGAGACGAUGUUGUCAAUUUGAUUGCAUUGGGAGUAAUCUCAUGGACGACAGCUUUUCUAUUAAUCAGAAAAAUUUUCUCCAAACGCUCCUUUAAAUUCUGCAACCGCAUUGUUUCUACAAUCCAUGCAGUUAUGGCUGUAAUAUUAGCCUCGCUCUCUGUUGAAGAUUGGAGUUGCCCAAUUUGUCCUUUGGCUUCAGACUCUUCUCCUAAGCAGGUAUGUACAAGCAGGUUCUUGAUAUCUUCUUAUAAAAUGAUGGAAUUGGUUCUGAGUUUCGAGCAGAGGCAAACUUUGGCUGUUACCGUUGCUUAUCUUAUAUAUGACCUGAUAUGCUGUCUCUUUGACGAGCGAUUCAGUCUUGACAACACAAUUCACCACUUGGUCAGCAUCGUUGGUCUUGGAGCAGGCCUUGCCUAUCAAAAGUGUGUAUCAGAGCAGGUUGCUGCAGUAUUCUUAACAGAGAUCUCAAGUCCUUUCCUUCAUGCCAGGGAACUCCUUAAAGAAGUCGGUUACAAGGACACCGACCUCAACAUGGCAGCCGAUAUCACAUUUGGUGUGAUAUUCUCGGUAGCAAGAAUGGUGGGUGGACCCUAUCUCACUUUCGUGACUCUAACUGCUGACAAUCCAAUUCUAAUCAAGGCAAUGGCCUUGGGUAUGCAGUUGGUCAGUGCUUUCUGGUUCUACAAGAUUGUAAAGAUGGUGAAAUACAAGCUUACUAAAAGGAAGUAGGUGAUUUCUAGACCAACCUGCAUACAGGAAAAUUGGACAAAGCCAGUUUUACUAGGAUGGAAUGGAAUGGUAAAUGAUUGUGUGCUUUUAUUUUUUUUGGCCAAUGAUAAAUGAUUGUGUUGAAUAUGCUGCAUAAAUAUGCGCACCUUGAUGUGUAAUAAAUAUAACUUUUAAAAUCCCAUUAUUAAGAAUUAUGUUAGUGAUCAGCGACAUUUUAUCUUGUUUGUACUGUUGAAAAAACAUAGGUUUACCAA